AUGGACGCCCACCGCUGGGAGAGAUGUGUCAGCGCACCCAAGAAAACGGUCAAAGUGCGCGAGCUCGUCUUCGAUCGCCUUACGGAGCUGGGCCGUGAUAUCUCGUAUAUUGCGGUUCCUGCUUCUGCGGGCACCGAGGCAACAGCGCCCAAUCGGAGACGGCGCCUAUCCUCGGGGGAGUCGAGCGGGGAUUCGGUGGAUAAUGAGGCCGGUCCUUCGAAACGAUACAGAGUGUGA